AUGAAUCUACCUCAGCCCUACAAGGCGAUGGGAUCUCCACAUCGCCAAGCCGACGAUUCCGGAGGAAUUGAUGGAAUUGAAACCAGGAAGCGCCGGCAUUCCUACGAGGUGAACCACAUAGUCCUGCAGCAGCGAAUCAAUGGGAACCAAAUGUAUCCUAUCGAGAUGAAGAGCCCCCGAUACACCUUCUUCACCUCGCAAACGCAGGAAGCCCAUGUCUUCUCCACAUGGGAAGACAUUCUCAACUCGAAGGUCCUCUCCCACCUGACGGUAAGCAUAAAGGUCCCCGGGGCCCCCGUCUGGUGGCUGGACAUUCGCGAUGCCACGCAACGAGACGUGGCGGUGGUGUCGCAGGCGCUGUCGAUCCAUCCGCUUACGGCGGAGGAUAUCGCUACGCGCGAGACCAGAGAGAAAGUCGAGGUGUUUCGUAACUAUUAUUUGAUUUCGUUCCAGACGCUGGUGUCUUUUGUGAAUGAUGAUAGUGAAUCUGUCGAUGCAGGAACAGGACAAGGACAAGGAUGUAUCCGCUCGUCCACUGCGUCGUCCAUUCCCUACUCAGCAGAAUUCUACAUCCUCGUUUUUAACGGUGGCACGGUGACAUUUUCCCCUAGUGGAUGUGGCCACAUGGCACGUGUGCAGGAUCGGAUUCGUCGAUUGCACGAUCCGUCUAUUUUAAGUAGUGACUGGAUCUGUUAUGCUCUGAUUGAUGACAUAGUCGACAGCUUCGAACCCCACCGCCAAGCAGCGGAAUACGAAUCUGAAGCGAUUGAAGACCAAGUCUUCAUUGCACGGGUCGAUGACGUGAAGUCGUUGAUUCCGCGAGUGGACAAGCUCCGCAAGAAGAUCACGCAUCUGACGCGUUGUCUCAGCGGAAAGGUAGACGUACUGAACGGGUUCGUUAAGCGGUGUCAGGCGAAAGAUAAGAGUCCCGUGUUCCCUGAUGGCGAGUUCAUCCUGUAUCUGGGCGACGUGCAGGAUCAUCUGGUGACCACGUUGCAGAGUCUGAUGCAUUUCGAUGAGAUCGUGAGUCGCUCGCAGUCGAACUGUCUGGCGCAGCUGAGCGCAAAUAACCUGCGGUUGAGUCUCAAUAUUAAUUCUGUCUUGAGUAAAGUGACCGUGUUGGCGACUAUCUUUGUGCCGAUGCAUAUGAUGACAGGCUUGUUUGGGAUGAACGUCAAUGUGCCGGGACAGGAGGUAGAUGGGUUGGGGUGGUUUUUUGGGAUCAUCGGGGGAAUGUUGUCUUUUAUGGUUAUUGCUUGUUCGGUGGCUUAUAAGUAUAAGUUGCUGUGA